GUUCAGAGUAGAAACUGAACAAAACUGAUUUGCAGACACCUUGCAAAGGUAAAGUUUACAGACGAACAACAGAAACCAGGUAAAGAAAAUGUUUCAAAGUUUUUUUUCACGACAAAAUAUAUACAUUCCUUUUUGAGAUUCGUUUAAUUAAUAAAAAUAUCUCUUAGUUUAAAUAUAUGGCUGAGGGAAAAGUUGUAAACUCGAGUUAAGCAACUUGUACUCCAGACUUCAUGAGUAAAAUUUUUAUGAUUUGCGACUUAAUUUUUUAUUCUGAGCAACAACUUUUGACUUGAUUUAGACUUGAAACAAAAUGGCUGGCUUGUGACUUUUAACUUGCACUUGCAAGAAAUGACUUUUUUUACACGUAACUUAACGUAUAGUCGUACUGAAUAUCUAGUGAGAAUAAACUUUUGUACAACUUGCAUUGAAAAUUCAUCAAUGCAUAACGAGUAAUGCAACUAUAUACUGGCAUAUCGCUUUUUCAUGUACGACUGUGAGCCUGUUAUAUAAAUUGUUAUGCCGGGUGACUCCCCAAUUUAUGAAAAAAGAACUGUACAGAAUGGUUUGCGACUUAGAUUGGUCACAGGUAAAAUGAUUUGUGACUUGGUACGGGUUUUGAAUGACUUGUUAGGGGCUGUUCACAUAAUCCUACUUGAUUCCAUUUAGCUUGAUUCCGCUUAACGGGACGAAUAUUUGCAUGCGUUCAUAUUUGGAGUGUGUCGUUUCGCUUGUCGAGAUGAAAUCACUAUAUUUGUAUAAUUAGCGCCUGCAAAACGUGUACAUUUCACGGUUAUAUGCAACACAAACAACAUAGCCAUUUUAUAGAGUUUUCUUCAUUUAUGUACAUGAAAAGCAUUGCUUUAGCUGCACGUGUGAUACUUGUUUAUAAAACAAACAUAAAACUAAGUUUAAAGUUUUUAAUUAAACGGCAAAACCCGAUGACAUUACUGCGCGAAUACCGAAAAUUCUCAUCAAAAUCUGAAUCUGCGCAAACGUUGAUGAAUGAUGAAAGUGCAUGAGAGUUGAGGAAAGUUGCAAGUUUUAUCAAUUCUGAUUUUUGUGUGGUUGGGACUCAAUAUUUUUCAGAUGCUCGUCUGAGUAUGGGCAAGCUAUGUAUGCGCUAGCCUGUUUCCAAUUGCUACGGUUUCUGUUCAUGAAAACGCCUGCCAUCAGAAUAUUGUCGUACAUUUUGACAGUCGGUCCAUCUCAACUACAAAUGACAGAUAUUUAAAGUGAACAGAGUUGGCUUAAAGAUUUAAUUUUUUUACAGGAUAUACUUUAAUCUUUGUCCAAUUCUGAAAGAUGAAAGUUUUGUUGCAUUUGGUUUGCAUCGUUUUGUUCGUUGCGUUCACGACAGCAAGUAUUCUGGAAGGUUCGUAUAUAUCGUUUUAAAAUACUGGAUAAGUUCAAUCAGUUUUGAACUGGUUUUCCUAGAGGUCCAGUAAAGACUUUCUCGUAUUGAUUCAAUUUUGCUACAGAAAAAACCCCGAAGUGUACUCGGAAUUGGAGCUAUAGUUACACAAGCAGGGGCAAAAGACACGCCACUGUAGCAAACAAGGACGUGGCGAAGCACCUGAAGUUAGGGGGUGUCGAAAAAUUUUAUUUAAAAUUUAAAAUUCAAUGUUGAAAAUUUACUUGAAGUGUAAUAAUUAUACUAAAGCUUUUUGUGAUUGAUCUGCAUUGUCAUACUAAGUUUCGGGAAAAAAGGGGGUUUGCAUGGAACUGCAUUUGUGGCGUUUGCAAUUCGCAAAACAAACUGGAUGUUAUUAUUUUACAAAAGUAAUUAUUUUAUUACGCAAAUUUUACCUUAUAAUAUCAAAAUUUUAACUUAAAUUUUACGUAAUAUUUGCCUGAGUUUCACAGUUUGGAGGGUUACAUCCACCCCCCGGUCGCUACGUCUCUAGUAGCACUUCCCCUCAUCAAGUUAAUUCUGCCAAUGUAAGUUGAGACCUGUGGAUUUAUUUCUAAGUUGUAGAUAACAGCUCUUGUGCUGUUUUCAGUCUUGUGCUUCGAAGAUUUUUCUUUAAGUUACCUCACCAAAAACAAUAUCAUAAGUCUUAGCUGUUGUCAUCUCAUUAUCAACAAUGAUUAAAUGACUCAUUAUCUUUAAAGAUUUUAUAGCUGAUGAAAUAGAAAACGAUGAGUUGUUUCUUGAAAAACGUGCUCCAUGCCCAACGAUUACUUUCCCAUGUGGUCGUGGCACUGUUAUGCCAAAUGUUUGUCAAAACAUGAGAACCGCCAUUGCAAAAGGCCACCCAACACGUCUUCAUCGCAUCACGGACUCGAAAGCCAUAGCUAAGAACAGACGUGAUUCUGGAUGCACAAGAAUGAGAAAAACACCAGGCAAUAACUGUGAUGAAUAUCCCUUUGCUUCAUCCAGGGAAGGUACGAAUUGAAGUGUUUGUGUUCAAAAAAUAUCCGUACAAGAGAGGGGCGAACCGUGAUUGAGAAGUUUCUUUACUAAAGUAAUAAUUGUAUUGAAGGGGUGUCCUCAUGGAAAAAUUCCCAUAUUUAAAAUUUUUUUUUUAAAGAAAUGUUUGCACUAAAAAAAUGUAUGUAUUAAAAAGAUGUUUGUUUUAGAUAAAUGUUUGUAUUACAGAGAUGCUUGUAUGAGAGAAAUUUCUGUAUUAGAGACUAGAAAGAUGUUUGUUUUAGAGAGAUAUUUGUAUUAGAGAGAUGUUUGUAUCAACCUCGCAAGCAAGGGCCUCCACACCCGCGGCGGGAUGGAGACCCUUGUAAAGGCUGGUCACGUGACCUCCCGGAUUCUGGGAGGUAAAUCAAAUUAUACUGAGAGAGGGGUGGUUGAGCAGCGGGUUUGUAAAUUUCUCAUAUUUGGGGAAUAUGAGAAAUUUACAGACCCGCUCCUCAACCACCCCUCCCUCAGUAUAAUUUGAUUUACCUCCCAGAAUCUGGGAGGUCACGUGACCAGCCUUUAUAAGAGUUUCCGUCCCGCCGUGGGUGUGGAGGCCCUUGCUUGCGAGGUUGUGUUUGUAUUAGAAAGGUGUCUGUAUUAGAGGAAUGUCUGUAUUACAAAGAUAUCUGUAUUAGAGAAAUGUUUGUAUUAGAAAGGUGUCUGUAUUAGAAAAAUGUCUGUUUUAGAAAGAUGUCCGUAUUAGAGAAAUAUCUGUAUUAGAGAGAUGUUUGUAUUAGAAAGUUGUUUGUAUUAGAAAAAUGUUUGUUUCAAAGAGAUGUUUGCAUUAGUUUAGGUGUCCGUUCAAAAGAAACAACCAAUGAUUGAGAAAUUUAUUAAAGUAAUGACUAUAUCAGAGAAGUACGUUGAUGAAAAAAUGCUUGUAUUAAAGGGGGCUUCUGUAUUAAAAAAAGUGUCCGUAUUGGAGAAUCCCGCAUUAGAGGGUUUUCUAUAUUAGAAAGCUAUCCGGAUUAAAAGGUGUUUAUAUUAAAGCUGUGUAUGUAUUAAAAAAGCCCCACGUUAGCGAGGUUUCUGUAUUAAAGUGAUAUUUUUUUAUGGGAGAGGUGUCUGUAUUAGAGAGGUAUACCCGUAUUAAUGAAAUGUCCGGAUUAAAAAGGGUUUGUAUUAGAGAAGUGUUUGUAUUACAGAAGUGCCUGUAUUACAGAGGUGUUUGUAUUAGAAAGGUGUCUAUAUUACGAAAAGAAUGUCUGUAUUAGAGAGGUGUUUGUAUUAGAGAAGUACCCGUAUUAUUGAGAUGUCCGAAUUAAAGAAGUAUAUGUUUGUAUUAGAGAAGUGUCUGUAUAAGAAAGGUAUGCGUAUUAGAUAAAUUUCCGUAUAAACAAGGUAACUGGUUAGCAAAGAUGUGUCAAAGUCAAAUUAAGUGUACGUAUUAGAAAUGUGUGUUUGUAUUAGAGAGGUGUCCGGAGUAAAGAGACGAAGCUAGGUAUUAGAAGUGUAUGCGCAUUUGAAUUGAUCCGUAUUCUUGAUUAUUACUUUUGGCAUUCAGCUUUUCAGAGUUGUUCUUAACCAUGAACAUUUUUUUAUUUUUUGCAGGUGGAGCAGGUGCUGAGAUUAAGCUUGUCCCAUCGCGUGAAAACAGCAAGCAAGGUGGUUUGUUGGGCGCUUUUUAUAGAAAACAUAAAAUUGGUAAUGGUGGCUGUUACAAUGUUAGAGUUUAAUAAAUCUUCCUUUGCAUGCAUAGGCCUACUCUGGGAUAAUAUUUGGCCAUAUUUUCAUUUUUUGUUAAAAUAAUUUCAUAAGUCAUAAUUUAACUUUUAAGUUAAUCUUUUACUUGUAAAAUUUUCUUUGUUAAAGAACGAAAUUAAAUAAAACAAUUGAAUAAAGAUGUGUUUUUUUGUGUUUUUUUUUGCUAGUUGCAUGCUUACAUGAUUGUCGAUCCAUUAAAC